CUCAAUUAGGGGAAAAAAAGAAGAAGAAAGAAAACUGAUUUUUGUUAGGAGGAGUGAGUGAUCGAAACAAAAAGAGAAGAAAGAGAAGCAGUCUCUCUCUCUUCACAAUAACAUUGGGCUCUUCACCACCGCUUCCUUCCUUUUCCUUUUCUCUCCAGAAAACUAGAAGUCUCUCUUUCUCUCUCUUUCGUUGGUUCUUCUUCUGAGAAAUAAAUUUAGAGUUUUUUUUUUUUUUAAAAAGAAUAAUUGCUUGGGAAAUUGUAGGAAUCUAGGUUUAGGAAUUAUUAAAGAGAGAUGGAUUCUUCGGUGAGUUCGAACUCGCAUGGGAACCUGGACGAACAGAUUUCGCAGCUGAUGCAGUGCAAGCCCUUAUCGGAGCAGGAGGUUAGGGUGUUAUGCGACAAGGCUAAGGAGAUACUGAUGGAGGAAAGCAAUGUUCAGCCUGUCAAAAGUCCUGUCACAAUAUGCGGUGAUAUUCAUGGGCAAUUUCAUGAUCUUGCAGAACUUUUUCGAAUUGGAGGGAAGUGUCCAGAUACAAAUUACUUGUUCAUGGGAGAUUAUGUUGACCGUGGUUACUAUUCAGUUGAAACUGUAACACUCUUGGUAGCCCUCAAAGUGCGUUACCCCCAACGGAUAACUAUUCUGAGGGGAAAUCAUGAGAGCCGUCAGAUUACUCAAGUGUAUGGGUUUUAUGAUGAAUGCCUAAGGAAGUAUGGCAAUGCCAACGUAUGGAAGAUCUUCACUGAUCUGUUUGACUAUUUUCCACUAACAGCGUUGGUUGAAUCUGAAAUUUUCUGUCUCCAUGGUGGGUUGUCUCCAUCCAUUGAAACCCUGGAUAACAUACGUAAUUUUGACCGUGUUCAAGAAGUCCCUCAUGAGGGUCCCAUGUGCGAUCUUUUGUGGUCUGACCCAGAUGAUCGUUGUGGUUGGGGUAUUUCUCCAAGGGGUGCUGGAUAUACCUUUGGCCAAGACAUAUCUGAGCAAUUUAACCAUACAAAUAACUUGAAGCUGAUUGCUAGGGCUCAUCAGCUGGUCAUGGAAGGAUACAAUUGGGGUCAUGAACAAAAGGUUGUUACUAUAUUUAGCGCACCUAAUUAUUGCUAUCGAUGUGGAAACAUGGCUUCCAUCCUGGAAGUUGAUGACUGCAAGGGUCAUACAUUCAUUCAGUUUGAGCCUGCUCCAAGGAGAGGAGAGCCGGAUGUAACCCGGAGGACACCUGAUUACUUUCUAUAAGUAAACUGGCAGUGGGUUGAUCAGUCUCUGGUGCCCAGUGCCCAUCAAUGGGUUUGCGAUGAGGGUUUUUUCAAAUUUAAGAUAAGAUUUAUAAUUAGCAAUGGUGGUUGUUGGGUGACAGCGAGCUUGUAUAUGGCUGAUGAGGGCUUCCUUGGUCAGGGUUGUUUCCUUGAAUUAUGCUUGGGUUUCUGCAAGAGGAAGCAAAAGAGCUGGUAACACUGUAGGGGCAUAUGUACCAUUUUCCAGCGGACAAUGUGACUAUUAUUUAUUUUCGAUGAUUUUAAUUUUGGUUUCCAUUAAUCUGUAGAAGAAUGGGCUGUUCGAGGGUUGGGAUCUGUAGAGGAAUGCUGACAACAUUUGCCUUAUAAUGGGUGCUUUGGUUUUUUUU